AUGUUCCUUCGCUCCGUGUCUCGCGCUGCUCCUCGCAGCUCGGUUGUGCCCACCACUGCCACUCGUUCCUUCCGCGCCGUCCCCUCUUGCCUGAACGCCCGUUCUCAGGCUGAGAAGAAGGCCGUCGCUCCCCAGCAGACCCGCGCCGCCUCCACCGAGCAUGCCAUCGCCAAUCCCACACUCGCCGGUAUCGAGAAGCGCUGGGAGGCUCUCCCUCCCCAGGAGCAGGCCGAUCUGUGGAUGCAGCUCCGCGACCGCAUGAAGGUCGACUGGCACCAGAUGACCCUGCAGGAGAAGAAGGCUGCCUACUGGAUUGCCUUCGGUCCUCAUGGCCCUCGCGCUCAGGCUCCCAAGGGAGAGGGCCUUAAGAUCUUCAUCAAGGUCGCUCAGCUCACCACCGUCUCCGUGGCUAUCUUCUACGCCAUCCACAUGUUCGCUAAGCCCCAGCCCAAGACCAUGUCUAAGGAAUGGCAGGAGGCCAGCAACGAGUACGCUCUGCGUGAGAAGAUCAACCCUAUCUACGGCAUCAGCGCCCAGGGUUACGAGGGCCCUGGCUUCGUGCAGAGCCCCCCUGCCGAGAAGUCGUAA